AUGAAGCGGAAAUACGACGACAACGACAUGUACCAUUCCGGCGAGAUUACCCAGGCCGAGUUCUUCUUCAUGAUCAACGAGGAACGACGACCGUUAACGCUUGGAAUCUUCAAGUUUGCUGACGUCCCUGAGUCCCAAAAGUUCCUGUCCUUUGACCAGUAUCUGCUGUGUGUCGUGAGCUUUGCAGUGCUCACAAAGCCUGAGUUGUAUCAAUACGUCUUCGACCUGUACGAUGCGGAUCAAUCUGGUGCGCUGGAUGAACGUGAGGUCACCAAAAUGAGCUUGGAGCUUCAAAGCAAGCAGUUCCAUUUCCCAGCCAACGUUACUGCUGCGAUCAACAUGCUCCAAGGCAAAGAGGGCCGUGCUGCAUUGACUCCUGAUGACGGACUGGUUGAUCUGGGUGAAUUCAUGAAAUUUGCGAAAAGUUUUCCUGUUGCCUUCUACCCGAUCAUGAAUAUGCAGAAGAAUGUGCGUGAAUCUACACUCGGCGAGUCAUACUGGUCCCGUAUCACUGCGAACAAGCUUCGAGUCCAGGAACUCGUAAGCUAUAUGCGUCGCCACCACGGAGCCAUCCCUCAGCUCACGUUCCGUGAAAGUGUGGCCAGCAUUUUCUCUCGUGAGAUUUUCAAUAUCCGCAAACGUGCUGGUGAGCUCUAUGCGCUUGAACUCGCUCAACGACGUCGCUUGGAUACUGGGGAAGUCGAGGAGGAAGUUAAGCUUUAG